AUGCAUCCGAGAGCACUGAAAGAGCUGGCAGAUGCCCUGAGGCCACUCUUCAUCAUCCUUAAGAGGUCAUGGCAAUCGGGGGAUGCUCCCAGUGACUGGAAAAAGGCAGACAGUAUAUCCAUUGUCAAGAAGGACAAUCCAGGAAAGGAGAGGCCUCACCUCAGUCCUUGGGAAAAAUACGGACCUGCAUUUUGGCUGCACCAAAUAGCCAACUCCUCUGAGGACAUUAUAAAACUGAUAGUUCACCGAGAAGGAAGCAAAGCCAAUGUCAGCUCUUCAAGCAGCACGGGCGGUAUUUCAGCGCCUCAAGUCCAUGCGUCAGCUGCUGGAAGCAAAAGAUCUUCUUUUUCUCACAACCGUGGCCCCGAUGGUCGGAAUAUUGGAUCCUUCUGCUACAAGUCCAGAGCCAGCCCACCUGCUUCCCGCGGAAAGGACCCUUUGUCAACGGUGUGCAAAACCCAGCCGAGUCCUGCUAACAUCCGUCAGAAUUACAAGGCUUCUUCAGACAGCAAGAGCAGCUCAGGCUCGUACAGGUGCGAGGGAUGUUAUGUGAUGGUUUCGUUUGUUUAUUUUCUGUUCAGGCGAUCAGGGAGAUCUCUUUCUUGUGGUGACAAUCUCAGCAUCAAGCCAGAAAAUCCAGGACAGUGUUUGACUCCUCUGCAGCAGAAAGAAGUUACAGUACAGCGUUUGAAAACAAAGCUGAAGGAAUCUGAGAGCAAGCGUCAAGAAAGGGAAAGCGAAAUAGAGCAGCUCAAGGCUCAGCUGGGACGGAUGCAGGAAGAGUGGCUUGAAGAAGAGUGUAAUCAUGUGGAGAUGGAGCUGGCGUUCUUGGAAGCAAAAAGGGAAAUUAAAGAGCUCCAGCAGCUUAUUGAAAGCAUGAAAAAGAGCUUGGCUGAGAAAGACAAAACAAUUCAGCAAUACUACAUCAGCAUAAGCACUGAAAACAAGAAGCUGGAGUCUUUGCUGCAGAGGAUGGAGAUGGCUCGGAACAGCUCCGAGAGAGAUGAGCAGUGCCUGGAGUACACGUGUGCCUCCGAGGAGAAGCCGUCAGAGCUGUGUGCCACGGUGCCGGGCAGCCACAUCACAGAGGACCAAGCUCGGGAGGAGGUGGCAGACAGUGGGCUGCUUCUUAAUGAGGAGGAGGAGGAGAAAAUCAGCAGCGUGAUGGUGGAACGGGCCGUCCAGACGGAUGUGGUGCCAUAUAGCCUGGAUGUGGAGGUCACUCAAACCACCUUCUGCGCUCAAGAUGCCUGUCCUCAAAGCCCACCUUCUUCACUGAAUUCCCUGGGUGAAUUUUCUCUGGGAAGCUUCGGUGAUUCUGGUAUCCUAGUGGACUUAACUCCAGGGGAUCCUAGCUCUGCCAUCCUUUUGUCUCCUCUGGAGUCUCCGUGCAGGAAGGGGGAGCACGGAGUUAAUGAAAACCGUUUUGUGAAAGAACUUGAUUUUCCAGAACCUCGUGAUGCUGCAGCCUGUGGGUAUGUCAGUUCUUUCUCUCAGGCAGGAAUAAGGAGGAGAUACUACAGCAGCAGUCUCCUCAGAGAUCUUCUGGCUGUAGCAGCCCCGUUUGUACCAACUCUCCUGUGGGCUUUCAGCGCUGACAGAGGAGGAAGAGAUCCUGUUUCCAGUGUCGGAGCAUUGCUUUGUGGCUGCGGCCUGUCAGAUGUAAAGGCCUGUCUUUAUUCUGCUGCAUUGCUGCUGCCUUCAGAAAGCUUUAACACUGUGAUUUUGGAUAUUCCGUUUGGGAAGAAGUUCAAGAUCACAAAAGACAUGCAGCUCCUUCCAGAUAUGAUCCAGGAAAUGAAGAGAGUAAUUCAUGUUGGAGGCACUAUUGUAUUGCUGCUGAGCCAAGAUCUCCAUAAGAGCAUGGAUGGCAUCACCAAGUGUGCUGAAAAUGACUCUCCUAAUGCCAUUUCUGAUGGCACAAGUGAAACCACCACUGCAAAAGCCCUGAAUAUUGAUGGGAAUUCUUCCUCGGUGAAUGGUGUUGAAGAAUCCUUUCUUAGCAGCAGACAGACACGUUUUGGGUCUCUGGUGCCAGAUGGCAUCUAUGGAGUUAGUCUUGGAGAGAUGGAUGCUUUCAAUGCAACAAAUACAGAAAGAUCUCUUCUGCUGGCAAUCGGUAGCUUUCUUGCACUGUGCCUAAGUGAACUUGAAUCCUGA